AGGUCCAAUGAGUUAGUGGAUUAUCUAAAGAAGAAGUUUGAUACUGUGGAUCAAAGUCUAUCUGAUUUGGAAUGCAGUGUUAAGAACUCAAACAAGGAUUCCAUGGACUUGAAAUCCACUAAGAAUGCUUUGGAUCAGCACAAGGUAACAAAGCUUCUUUUCUUCCAAUAGAAGUCUAGGAUACCCCCACCCCUCCCCCUCCCUUAAUGUUAGGCGAAUUUUGUUUCUCUAUUUGAAAAAUGACCUUUUUUGCAGAUGUGAUUGCAAGCUAUGCGAAAUUAAAUGUCAUCUAUUUCUCCUUUUAAUAACCUAUCAUUGUUCAAUUUCGCAGUUACCAUGCGACAUAUUUUGCAACUUAUUUGUCCAAAUAAAGCGUGGCACCGGGAUUUAGCGCGAAAAAGCACUGAAAUUAUGUGUUUUUUACCGAUAUUUCUAGAAUGGUCGCUGCUCGUCGUUAGUAAUAAAUCCAUUUGAUAGUUUACAGACUAAUGUGUUCUGUUCCCAUUCGCUAUAAAUGUCACUAAGGCAGCAUUCAAAGUUCGUACCCGGGCACAUUGCGCUAAUGUGAACACAACCUUUUUUGAAGUACCUACGCUAGAAUUCAGCCACGGUGUCGGUGCCUAAGUUAAGAUGGAGCCCUUGUACUCAGGCGAAAAAGUGAGCACCCGUUACUUGUGUGCACACUGUUUUUGUAAUUUUGAGGCAGUCCACUACUUUGUUUUCGCUGCUAAGCUUCAACUCAAAAAUGGCUUCUGACUGGAAUUAACUAUAUACACAGUUACAUAUCGGGUACCCAUGGUGUUAACACAACACCAUUUUGUACCUGUACCCAGACACUGGUUUCCGAAAACACAUAGACUAGACAGCCCCAUAGAAGUUGGUUAAUUUCUUUUUUAUCUGAUUCGUAUCUCAGGAGGUACUAAACCAUUUUACGUCAGUAGAAUCUGACACAUAUGAUGUUCUGGAGGAAGGAAGGCAAUUGAUAAAAGACACACGCUUUGACAGAGCACAUGGGGAAUACUUUUAUGAAAGAAUUGAAGUAACAGUCAUAAGGAUAACAACUAUAAAGGAAGACAUUAACAGAGAGCAUCAAAGGUAUCGGCCGUGUUCACUGCUUUCCUAGGAGCCAAAUUUGGAUUACACGUGUUGUAACCAUCUGUGAUAAUACCAUCGUCGUUCCGUAGAAAUGAGUCCAAUAGUUUUUUGUUGUAACUUAACUAGGAUAUUAAACAAGUAACACAAGUUUUGUUCUCCUGUUUUCCAGGUUGUUCGAUCUAUAUCUUAUUUUACUAAGACAACACUUGGAACGGAUGAAUGAUUGGCUAUUGCGAGCUGAGUCUCGAAUAUCACUGGAUGAUGUGAUAGAACCAACCUAUAAGAGAGUGCAACAGCAAGUCUGGGAGCAUCAGGUACAUGCUUGUGUGUUUACUACAUAGGCGGUAGGGGAGAACAUGCAUGAUCACAGGCCAUCACGUAAUGCCCAAUUAAGACAGUACGUGAUACGUGACCCAAUUCUCAUACACUUCAAAGUGGCUUGCUCACAACUCACUUGUUUGAAAAUAAAGGAUACACUGGUCUUCGCAUUAUGUAGUGCAUAACAGUGAAACGUUUACUGUCAACAGGAUUAAUUAAAUUAGUAACAAUAACAUAUGCCAUUGUCAUUUGAGACUCUUGCUAUUAAAUAUUUGAAAUAUGUCUAAUCAAAAUCUCUCUGAUAUGAAUAUAAAGGUCUGUAAUAUUAAACUCACCAGUACAUUUCUAUAAUCUUGUAGAGUGUAGUAAAUUUGUUACGGAGCGCCAGUUGUGCGGUCAAUUCUAUUAGGAAAACGACACCUUUGAAACGGGCGAAGUUUCGCCAUUUUGGAGGUGUCUGUCCCAAAGAGGCAAGGAAAUGAUUGAGGAUCAACCGGGGGCCAAUUUUACAAUGUGGCCGUACGUGUCAAUACCAGGAAGCUCUCGGUCUUGGGAAUUGACUGUGUCUUGACGUUAUAUUAUUAUAAGUUGGCUAUAAAAAAGCUCCACGAAUUUCAUGAAUUUCUCCACUGCUGUUCUGUAGGUUUUUCAAGAAGAACUGUCAAAUUACUCGAUGGCAAACAUGAUGCUGGAUAUGGACUUAGAACACCCAGCUUUGGAUGAAACCAUAAGGGACUGGGUCAAGGUAUUUUCAACAUAAAAAAGCUCUAUUUUUGCACCACAUCUCCCAUCCCCCCUCUCCUGGGUACACUCAAUAUAGUGGCCUAUACGGGAAAGCUCUGCCCUAAAGGAGUACCUUUUCCAGGCUUCAGGUAUAUGAGAGGGUUGUUUAGUAUAAGGGAAGGAAAUUUUGUAAAUUUGGUCUAUAUAAAGGAAUAACAAAUGCAUUUUACGGCUGUAAAUAACUCGAGUCUAGUCAUAUCUUAAAGAGAGUACAUUUACAGUGGUUAAAAGGGAUACAAAAUUCUUAAAACUAGGUAUGUGAAAGGCGGCUAAUUGUUUUAGUAUAAAUACGUUGAUGAUUAUUCGAGAAAAUAAAAUUAUUGAUCAAUUUCUGACUCCGAAACAUCAACAAAUCUUCCUGCCAUUUUGAAAACUGCCAGCCUUCAAUGUUAUAAUCACCGCGCGGUGAUUAUAGCAGGAUAAAGCAAAGCUCCUAGCCAGUCACAGCGCUCUAUUUUCGAUAAUCAUCAAUGUAAUUAUAAUAAUUGUCAAUAGAAGGUAUACAUACGAAAGGGAAACCUUUUCUGCCAAAAAUGAAGUAUCAAAGAGUAAGGGGUUGGACCUCGGGGCGGAGCCCCUUCUUAUAAACCUUUGCUGCGUACCCGCCAGGUUUAAAACACUAUUUCACUGGCAGGUUUAUAACUAGGAGGAAACUUUCCAUUCUAUUGCGGCCAUACAGGUAUUAAGAGAGCGUUGGACGGUUGUGUGGAACUGGACGGAAGAGUGGAAGGAGAAGCUUAACCAGGCUCUAAUUGACUGGCAAAAUUUACGUAAAGAAGAAGCUGCCUUGCUUUCCUGGAUUUCAAGUAAAGAACAAACCUUAGAUUUGAUUGGAGAAACAGAUGUCACCAACGAAGAACAAGUUACGAUGAAUUUAAAUCUGCUCGAGGUAAGAACAUUUCAUUUCAGUUAUCAGUAAUUUCUAUCAAUUCUCGACCCUUCACAUGAAAAACCCAAAGAAACGGUGAUAAUUUCAUGCCUUUGAUGCUUAUUAAUUCCUAAGGUCAUUUUUCUUUUCUUGUCCUCCUCUUGAGGCCGAGUGAAAUACUCUUCGUUUAAAGAACAAAGAACUGAUUGAAGAAAUGUUUAAUUAAAAAAACUUGGAUGAUUUUACAACUGGGGUGACCAUCAAAAACUUGUAUAGAAAGCAUGUUAUUUGUGGAAGAAAAACGAAGUCGAAUACCUUUGUUCACGCCAUUAUGAAUAUCAAGAAAAUAAUGUUAGAAUCUAUAAAAAGUGGUUCCACUCUUAAAAAGAUGUUGCCAGUUUUCAAGAACGAUUAUAAACAAUCCUUAAAUAUAAUUCAUUUUCGUCAGUUAGGAGACAUUUCCACAGCCCCAGGUUAUUACAAUAUCGGUAUAAGUAAUUGUUAAAAGUGCGACGGAACAGUCUCGCCUGAUUUAGGGUUCACUCAACUAGCAUAAGAAAUCGGCGGGUCUAAUGCGUCCCUCUUCACUUUCUCUCUCAGACAAUGGAAAAAGAAAUGGAAAGCCGACAAGAGGAACGAUUAGACUCAUUGCGUGAGACCGGAGAAAAGCUGAUCAAAGACGCUGAGUACCAUGAUGCGACAGCUAAGGGGAUCCUUGACCAGGUGAAUGACUUCGGCACUUGCUGGAAGGACAUCACUGAAUCGAUUAAGGAAAGGAAAGCAAUGGUAAGUGAUGUGAUUGGCCAUUAUAAAGUAACCGCGGAAUUAUCCUUUUUGUAAUGCACAUCAUCAUCAUCAUCAUCAUCGUUAUCAUCAUCGUGAAGUCGAUCUGAAUCUGCCUUUAAUUUUUACGAACAUCUUCACCUUUUCUUAUCCAACCGACAGUCGAUGAAUGUUCUUACUACCGUGUGGCACGAAAAUUUUUGCGGACGUUCAUUUUUGAGGAUUGGCGAUUGAUGCGAUUUUUUGUAUUUUGCAGGAACUAAUUUUUGCGUUUAGAACUGAUUUUUGCAAAAGAAAGAAAGAAAGUCCCGGACAAAUCAUUGAUAAUAUUUUCGUCCGUUUUUUUUUUUUUUUUUUUUUUGUACUUGCAAUGGAAAUACAUAGUUUAAAACAACACUAUGUUUUUCGUACCCUGUGUAAAACGUAUAAAAUAGGUUACUUUUCUUUGUCAUUCGAUUACAAAAACGAACAGACACGACUUCCUUAUUUGUACUGUAUUUUUGUGUAGCGAAUUUAAGUUCGAGAAUAUUUACUCUGAAGUAAAUUUUCGCGGGAAAAAUGUUUACAGUAUUUAUUAUUAUUAUCGUUAUUAUUAUUUUGUUAUUAUUAUUUUUUUUUUUGCCGGAACCUAUUUUAGCGGAUCGCUGGAAAAAUCGCAAACAUUAGAACCCAUAAAAAUUGUGGGGCCACUCGGUAGUCUGAUUAUGCUUCUACCUGAUUUAACGGUUAAACGGAACAUAAUUUAACUGUUCGGGUUGUAGCCAUGUAGUAAUAGCCGGUCAACCUCCAGUGCUCAAACGACCGUAAAAUAACGUUCUGAUGCCCAGUUUCAAAAUGAUUUCUUUUAAGCAUUAUUUAAGAUUGCGUCCAGAACAAUACUGUAUUGAGGUUAAGCGAGGCAUUAUGGAUUGGUUUUCAUACAUAGUAAAUAAUAUAAGUCGAAAGCUUAAUAUAACCUCGGAACUAUGACUAGACUGCUGUUCUUGAAUUUUUGUUUGUCUAUUCGUUUCGUUUGUUGUUGUCGUUUUGUUCGUUGUUGUUGAAACCACAGGGAGUCCAGACAAUCUGUUUGUGUAACCGAUUUUUACUCUAUAGUAAAUGUAUUGUAUUUACCGUUUGCUUCCUCUAUUGCGAUAUAUUGCUGAACAUGUAUAUUGGUCAAUGUUAAAUACAUAGCGUUGCCUCACCUUCGGUAUAUUGUCGCACUUUUCACUCGAAAGAGUGAUUUCGAGCGAUUUGGAAGGAUUUUGAGUUGGCCGUUUACUGUUCCUCUGAGGUAAAAGGACGACAAUAUACCGCAGGUAAGGUAAUAUAACGUUUAUUUAAAGGGAACCUCCACUUCAACAAAAAGAUAACUUUAAAUCACAGGAAAUAAAUGUUACAGUCAAGUCAAUCUAAAAUAUUUUUAAAGAAAGCGUUUGUAUCCGAAAGAAAUAACUUUUAGCUUCGCCUAUUUUUGUUUUCAAAUUUUGCGGGCGUCGCCAUCUUGAAUAAUUGUGACGUGUAAUGGUUGCCCCAUUGUUAUUAAACAAAAGCUCUUUGUGUCAGAACAACAGAGCAACCAUUACACGUCACAAUUAGUCAAGAUGGCGGCGCCCGCGAAAUUUGAAAGUGAAAAUAAGCGAUUUUAAAAUUCACUUUUCCUGCUAUAAACACUUUUUUUAAGACAAAUUUCGAACAAAUUUGUUUAUCAACAUAAUUUUAUUCGAUUUAAACUUAUUCUGUAGUAAGAGUGGAGGUUCCCUUUAACAUUGACCUAUAUACAUAUUUAGUGGUAUACCGAUAUAGACGACGAAGCAAACAGAAAAUCCGUUACAUUUACUAUAACAUUACAAUCGGUUACACAAACAGGUUGUGUGGGAGCCCUGUGUUGAAACAUGGACUGUUUUUGUAUUCUAGCUUCUGGAAGCCCAAAACAAGGUGAAAAGAAUGGGAAUUUUAAUGAAAGAAGUCAGAGCUUGGUUGGACGAGGCAGAAAAAUUCAUCAAGCUCGCUAGUUUGCAAGAGGAUCCACAAAAAGAAACCGAAAUACAAGAAAAGAUUGAGGUCAGAAUAAAGUGCUAUAAAAUAAGCUGACAUUAUUUUCAGUUACAGAUUACAAUUGCAUCCAGAUUCUGCGUUAAGGUAGAAUAACGCAACCAGAAACUGAUUCCUAAUUCAUAAAGAAAAAAAUCAACAGAAAUUCAUGUUUAAUGAGCGUCUUUAUAUCUGAUAAAGACACGGCUAAACUUUACGUCCAAUUUUUUGGACCAAAAUAACCCCAAAUCUAAAUAUUAAUGUUAGAAUGAGUUGAUCUUUAUUACAGAGAUUUUGAAGCCGUUCAAUAAACUCGCAGUCGUGUAUUAUGAGGUCUAAAAACACUCGGCUUCGCCUCGAAUUUAUGAACCUGACUAUACACCCCUGCUCGUUUAUGAAACAGUACUUGAAAACAGCAAUACCUUUACCAGGGGUACAAAUCUUUGCUUUUAGUGGAUUUGCACGUGGCUAAUCUAGCAAGAACAGGGACUCCAGCUGAAUAGCCACAAGAAACAAAACAAAUGAAAAAUACCAUAUACCAUUAUAAGUUAACGCUUUAUGAAAUUAAGGCGAAUUUCAUUUAAGUUGUGUUAAUUUCUUGAAACGUUAACUUCCGCGCCUUUAAUUAAGUGGACAGUUGUUCCCGCGGCCCUUAAUUUUAUUAUUUUGGAUAAAUUUCUGACAUUGUUGACACCUAGAGUAUUCUAGAGUAUUCUAUCAGGGUGGAGAUGCACCAGUAACAGUGAAACUUUGAAGAACCCUUGAAGUAGCCAGAUUUAAUCCCUUGACUCUCUUCGUACGUUUAAGAAAUUACCACGAACAAAGUUUCCAUUUCAAAUUUUACGUUUAACUUUGUUUUGUCUUGUCUCGAAGUUUUGUUUGUUCGAGAGCGUUGGUUAAUUUUGCGUUUUUUUUUUUUUUUUUUUUUUUUUUUUACCCUCCCUUUCACAUUAAAUUCUUUAUAUGAAAGUCCUUUUUCACUAGAUUCGCCUUAAUUCAAGUCGCGUUAAUUUCCAAGACCUUAAUUUCAUGGAGUGUUGAUUUCCUAUAAUGAGGUAUAAGGUCUACCUAGACUGCUCCGCAAACGAAACUGAACUUCUGGUUAAGUCUGUCUGCGAAAUAGCGCCAAAAUCCUCGUUCUGGGCCCCCACCCAAAUACCAUCAUUUGAAUACCAGCCAUGACUGGCCUGUUAAAAAUCUUGUUGUCGAUUUGUCGGUCAAGGAAAUUUGAAACGUAUUUGCGGUAAUUCGUUGAGUCCGAAUAGGCUCUGCUUCGCACACGUUACUAACCAAAGUUGGAUUACGUUUAGGACGUAGGCUAGGUACACCAUAUGUGAACAUUCUUUGAUCUAUUAUUUAAAAAAGCUUUUUUAGUUGCUCAUUUCCUUUAUUAAUACCGCAAAUACUUUUUUUUAUUAUCAUCUCUGCAGAUUGAAUGCGAAGAAAGAGAAAAAAAUCAGCCUAAGGUUGACGAAGUCAAAAGGCUGGAAGACUUGCUUAGCAGUGAAAUCGACAAAAAGUCAAAUUAUUAUUUGCAAAGAGUCACCAAGCCGUUCUACAAGCGGUGGAAUGACGCUAGUAUGGCCCUUAACAGAUAUCGCAAUGAAGACUACCCGUUUGUCAAACCCAACGAUUGCUCCGUACUUUGUAGAUACGUGACUCAAAUUGGGAACAAUUUGGAAGGGAAACGAGAUAAUAGUGGGUAA